UUGGUUCAUCGAGCAUCUUUAUUAAUCGUUGAUUGAAUCAUUCAGAGAUGAAUCAACCAAAUGAAUACGCUGCAACGAAUGCUACCCUGAAUCGUAACAUAUUGGAAUUGAUCGGCCAAUUUUCGGAGGAGUUCAGGAACAUGAAUGGUCGAAUUAUCGAUAUAGGCUGCGGUCCUGGAAAUACCACAAGAGAUGUACUUGUCCCAUGUGUCGGCAGGGAGGCUGUUAUUGUUGGUGCUGAUAUAUCCCCAGAAAUGAUUGAGUAUGCGAAAGAGCAUUACGCAGUUGAUGAUAAACUAUCAUUCCUUGAGUUAGAUAUGCAAACGUCUGAGCUACCAAAAAACUUGAUCGAACAAUUUGAUCAUGCAGUUUCGUUCUAUGCUCUCCACUGGUGUAAGAAUACACAGAAAGCAUUACAGAACAUCUACAAACUUCUUCGACCAGGGGGUAAAGCCAUUAUUUUAACCAUUUCCCAUAACGCGAUAUAUGAUAUGUAUCUGGAACAGGAAAAAGAUCCAAGAUUUGCACCAUACAUGCAGGGCUCAGAGAAGUGGACACCUCCUCACCAGGGUUGUGCAGAUGCUGACGAGGUGAUGAAGAAAGAUCUAAUUGCAGCCAAAUUCAAAGUAGAGUACUGUGUUAACAAAUGGAAUACAUUCACCUAUCCAAGUUUGGACACUCUAGUUGAUUUGGUGAUGUCUGUUAAUCCAUGUGUAAAUAAAAUGCCAAUUGAUGUCCAGAAAGAAUGCAGGGAAGAUAUGAAGGAACGUCUCAAGACCAAGUGUGUUUCCACCAAAGGAGGUUCCACUGUAGAUUGUCGCUUUUCGGUACUCACAAUUGUAAUCCAAAAACCCGAGAAUUCAGAGGAAAUUAAUUAACAGACUUGUCUAAUUGUUGCCUAGAAAAGCAAGCUAAAUUUCGUGCAAAUUAAAUUUAUUGAAUGUAAUUAAAUUAGUUUCGAACAGAUUGUAGUCUCAAAUAAAUAUCCGAAUGUUUUCUUGUUAAAGCAUGUGCU